AUGGUCGCCAUUGGCAGUCUUCUCUUCUGCGAUGCUUGCGGCUCCCUUCUUCCACGUAUAGUUCCGGGACAACACAAAGAUGAUAUGGUCAAGUGCGAGGACUGCUUCCAGUAUACCAAAGAUACCUCUUCCAAAGUCAUCACGUCCCAUUCCAGACCCAGCGCAUUUCCUUCGGCCCUGAGAGCCAAGCACUCCGAAGUGCAGGCCAUCAAUGCAGAAGACUUACAAGUGGAAGCUGUUAUCGCCCGAGACUGUCCCAAUUGUCACCGAUCCGAAAUGUUCUACCAUACGAAGCAGUUGCGGAGUGCCGAUGAAGGCACAACUGUCUUUUAUAGAUGCGAGUGCGGGUUCAAGGAUGUCCAAAACAACUGA